ACACACACACUACAAAGAAUCACGUUUUAUAGAUGCUUUUUUUUUUUUUAAAUUUAGCUUACUUUUACUUUUAUUAGUACAUGUUUGCCAACAUCUGAAUCAGUUUGUAUAAAUAUAUGUUAUGCAGGACGUGAAAGCGGUGAUACAUCUACUUUUACUUUCGGAACAGGGCGGCYUUUCAAGUUGUUGAAACCGAUCGAAACUGUGUUUAAAACUGUUGCUCCCGGACUAAAAUGACUGUAGGUUUUAGGUAACGUUACUUGGCAUGUUUUUYUGGGUUAUUUGCGGAAGCAGCUUGGAUCUGUUUAUCGUUUUUUUCCAUUUAAACCGUGUCGGACUCUUGUACACACAAUGCUGGGCGGCUGGUUGGUUAUGAUUUUGGUGACUUCAGUGACCGCUGAAACAAUGGUGUAUGGGAUGCUUGGCAGCAAAGUUGACCUCAUACCUGAAGGGUUAUCUGUGACCAGCGAAACAAAAAGCAUCACAUGGAAGUAUGGGCCGGACAUAGCACUCGAUUGGGAUGGACAAUCUGUCGAGACUUUUGGUCCUUUUAAAGGACGUGUCUUCCUGAACACUUCGACGGGAGUGAUGACAAUCAAAGGACUCCUCCAGGAAGACAGCAUGAAGUACACGCCAGAGAUUGGAGACAGAGUGGGCGGUGCAGUUAACCUCCUUGUCAUCUCUUCUGUUCCUGUACCAACCAUUGGUAAAUCCCAACCAGACCCAGAAAAGAGAGAAUUCAUCCUGACAUGUGAUGGAGACACAACAGGAGCCGAGCCAGUCAACUACACCUGGAAGGCAGACAAUAACUUGCUGACAGAAAUCUCUAAAACACACCACAUUGUUGAGGAGAACAGUUCAGAAAUAAGAGAGUUCAGCUGUGAGAUGAAGAAUCCAGUCAGUCAGCUGAGCAGCCCACCCUUCCCCAACCCCAUCGCUAACCCUAAGAAUUCGGRCCUGAACAUCUCCACGGGAAUCAUAGUGUUUGUGUGUCUGCUGGCUGCGGUGCUGCUGCUGGCCGUCGUCCACAGGGUGAAAUCAGGAGGCUGGUUCUAUGAAAAAUCAUCCAUGCCUUGGGAAGGAGAGUUCUGGAGAAAGAACGACAGGCAACAGGUGGAUACUACCGAUUCCAAUGGGACCACCACGCUGCAGCAGCAGAAGGGGGACCCAGGUGAAGAAGAAGCAGGAGCAGAGAACUGAACCACCUAAAGGAGCCUGAAACUGAAAAUCCACCACAUUCACAUGAAAACUGAAUUUAUAUAUCUAUAUAUAUAUUUUAGUCUUUAAAAAACUAAGUGUCUUUUCAUUGAUGCAAAAGCAACACAAUUUGCUGCUAAAUUAGUUGAAAAUGUUGAAUAAUUGAGCAUCUUUUGUGUGGGUUAUGUGUUUUGACAUUUUCUGGCAGCACUGAGAACAACCAACCUGAAGUGAUGAUAAAAAACAAGUUCAAGCCUCGUCUUUUACUCGACUGUUACAUUUAGAUGUGUUAACAGGAAACACGUGCUUUACGCAGCUUCAGAGAACAGCUUUAACUUGUAGGAAAUGGUUUGCAAAAAAGGAAUGAUCAAGAUUAGAGUGAAGCAAAAGGGAAGAAAACGUCUGGCUUUAAAGCUGAUCUUUCUGAUCUGAUGAGAUUGUUUUAAGUUGGAGGAGUUAAAAAAAAAGGAAGAUUCUGCUUCGUUUGAGCCUCCAUCUUAACCAACAAUCACAGCUUUGUGCAGCAGCAGCYUUACAUGUCUGGUGACUAAGUGUGUUUUUGUGGUUUUAAAAUUUCUUAUGCAGUCUUUUUUUGUAAGCUCCUUAAUGUUUUCUGUUUUUUUUUAAACUUUUAUCUAAGAGUGUAUGCAUUUUUCAACCCAAUGUGUGUUGAWAUGCAAAUGUUUUUUUAAUGUAUUUGAAAGAGACCCUCUUAAAAAAGGUAUCUUUCUUGAGAAAAUAAGGAACUGAGAUGUUAGUACUCCACUAGAUUAUUAUGUUAUGAGGAUACCAAGAAUGUAACGUAACCAAAUGUUUAACCGGUGAAUAAAACCUGUCUUUAUAGAUG